CGCACGCCGCGCUCCGCCCUGUGCGGCCCUAGAAUCCCGAGGCGUUGAGCCUUGGGUUGUCUAGGCUCUGUGAGGUAAUGCCCAGGAAGGCGGGGAACGUGGAGGAAGCCGAGGCGGGCGCGGAAGAGGUGGGUGCUGAGGAGUACGGCCCCGAAGAGUACGGCCGGGAGGAGGAGGCUGCAGAGGAGUCCGGCCCUGAAGAGUCUGACCCGGAGGAGCCGGGCCCCAAGGAGGAGAUGGAGGCCGGGCGGCCCCUGCCGGUGCUGCGCUCAGUGAACUCGCGCGAGCCGUCCCAGGUCAUCUUCUGCAACCGCAGCCCCCGCGUCGUGCUGCCCGUGUGGCUCAACUUCGACGGCGAGCCGCAGCCCUACCCCACGCUGCCGCCCGGCACUGGCCGCCGCAUCCACAGCUACCGAGGUCACCUUUGGCUCUUCCGAGAUGCAGGGACAUACGAUGGGCUUCUGGUUAACCAAACUGAACUGUUUGUGCCAUCUCUCAAUGUUGAUGGACAGCCUAUUUUUGCCAACAUCACACUGCCAGCCUCCUAUGUGAUCACAGACCUGACCCAGCUGCGAAAGAUCAAGUCAAUGGAGCGGGUGCAGGGUGUGAGCAUCACCCGGGAGCUGCUGUGGUGGUGGGGGAUGCGGCAGGCCACCGUCCAGCAGCUGCUGGACCUCCUGUGCCACCUGGAGUUGUACCGUGCUGCCCAGAUCAUCCUGAACUGGAAACCAGUUCCUGAAAUCAAGUCUUCCAUCCCGGACUUCCCGGAUGCUGUGAAGCCAGGAAGGCCCUUGGCAGCUUCUGUAAGAAACACCAAGGACGAACAAGAAAAGGGGCAGCUUGUGAGGCCAGCUAGCAUUCUUGGCCCAGGGUCCCUGCACCCGCUGGCCAGUGGAGGCCUGUACUCCAGAAGCCAAGAUGAACAUGCAACGAUUUUCACAGGACAAGUGCCUGAGAGAACGCGGGGAGAGAGCUUUGGACCCCAGGGAAGGAAAGAGGAGCCCGUUCCAGCCAGAACCAACCCCCUGCCUCCUGAAGAUGACCCUCCUUCCUUGAAAACCAGCCUUCCUGCUUCAUCUGAAUCAAAGGAUUUCAGCACCUCUGUUCCUAAGCAGGAAACACUUCUGAGCCUGGCCGGAGAAAGCCUUUUCUGGAGUGAGGUGGACGUGGUUCAGGCAACCGAUAACUUCAACCAAACCCACAAAAUCAGCGAGGGGACCUUUGCUGACAUCUACAGAGGGCAAAGGCAGGGCACACCAUUUGUCAUCAAGAAGCUCAGAGAAAUGCCCUGUCCAGGUCCAGGAUCAAUUGAAAAAUUCUUCCAGGCAGAGAUGCAAAUUUAUCACAGAUGCUGCCACCCCAACGUCUUACCUCUGCUGGGCUUCUGUACCGGAAAACAGUUUUAUAGCUUGAUCUACCCCUACAUGGCUAAUGGUUCUUUACAGGACAGACUUCAGGGUCAGGGUGGCUUGGACCCCCUCCUCUGGCCCCAGCGCAUCAGCAUCUUCUUGGGGCUGCUUCGUGCCGUGGAGCACCUUCACAGCCUGGAUAUCAUCCACAGCAACAUCAAGAGCUCCAAUGUUUUGCUAGAUCAAAACUUUACCCCCAUGCUGGCCCAUCCAGUGGCUCACCUGUGUCCUGUCAACAAAAGGUCAAAAUACACCAUGAUGAAGACCCACCUUUUCCAAGCCUCAGCUGCAUAUCUGCCAGAAGAUUUCAUCAGGGUGGGACAGCUGACAAAGCGAGUGGACAUCUUCAGCUGUGGAAUAAAGGAUUUACUCCUCAGUGAAAUUCCAAGCAGCACCACCUCGCUGUGCUCCAGGAAGAUGGACAUGGAGAAAGUGAUGGCCAGGGAGAUCUGCCAGAAAUACCUGGAUAAGAGAGCAGGGAGGCUGCCAGAGGAUUGCGCCGAGGCCUUGGCCAUGACUGCCUGCCUCUGCUUGCGGAGGCGGAAUGCCAGCUUGGCGGAGGUGUGUGACUCUGUGGCCACUGUGGAAGAGCGGCUCAGAGGUCAGGAGACGUCGCUCCCAUGGGGUGGGCUUUCCGAGGGCACAGUCUCUUCCUCCAACACUCCAGAAGAAACGGACGAUGUAGACAAUUCCAGCCUCAAUGCCUCCUCCUCCAUUAGGGCAACACCCCGGUCUGGGGCUGCUACUUCGCUUGCCUCCACAGAGGAUGGAGAAGACAGGAUGCAGGCCGACUCCUCCACUGAGGCCUGUGCCAGUACUGAGCCUCCCCAGGAUGCUACAGAGACUUCGUGGAAAAUCGAGAUUAAUGAGGCCAAAAGGAAACUGAUGGAGAAUAUCCUGCUCUACAAAGAGGAGAAACUGGACAGCAUUGAGCUUUUUGGCCCCUGAUGACCAGAACACAGCAAGGACCCCUGUCCUCAAUUAGAAAGAUGCCUGUCAAGAUAAAGGUCUGAGGCAGAAUCCAAGAUCUCCCAGGAAACACAAACCAAACAUCAGCUUUCCUUGGUGGGUGGGGAGAGAAACUUCCAUAUCCCAGAGUAAGUGAAGGAAGAAGGGACCUCAGCUUUUAUAGACAUCAAAAUUCAUGAGGUCCUCUUCCUUUGUGGGAUUUGUUAGUCAGAGCUGGGUGCCAGGAGACUGGAGCGGAAAACCUGGUACGUAGGCCCAGGAUGUGGGCAAUUUUGUGGUUCCAGGGAGGGUGUGACGUUAAACACCCCAACAGAUGCCUUUACCCAGUUCUCAGCCCUCAACAACUAACUGACAGCAUUCUGAACGCUGAUGACACUUUCCAAAGUUAAGAUCUCUGGGUUAUAUUUGCCAACAGCCGCCUGCAAAUUCCAUGACCUGCAAGAUUUUCAACUUGUGUCCCAGUGCAGUUCUUGACUCGUUUCUCAAGGUCUCAAGUUUUACAAAUGCCAGGCACCUGGCAAAGGGCUCCGUAGGUUUUCUGCUUUCUCUGUUGGAAACCUUGCAACCCACAGGUAUUUAUUUAAUAUCCACUCUACACCUUUAUCCUCCCAUCCCACCUAUGCUAAUAUUUUUAUUGGAGCUUUUAUUUUGAGAAUAUGUAUUAUUUAUAGCUGGAUGAAGAAUCAGGAGAACUGGUUUCAUGUCUGAUUCUGCUGCUAAUUCAGUCAAUCAUUUAAUUUCUGGAACCUCGGUAUCCUUGUAAGUAACACUUGUUCAUUCUCCCUCACUGGGCUGUUGGGAAGAACAGGUGAGACAUGGCUACAGAAGUACUGUAUUUUGAAAAUGUACUUGUCCUGUUUUAUAAAAUAAAUAAAAAGACAUUAAACUUAGAUUUCGGCCAUGUACCUAAUGUUUAUGCAGUGGCUAUAUUUCUGAAAAGUCAUUUUGCAGAUAAUGUUUGUGAAACAACUUUUAUUUUAAAUUCAGUGUGCCCUAUUUUAAGUAAUCCUACUAUAGUGAUUUUUCCCUUUUUAUUUUUGUAAAAUAAAAAUACAUUGAUAAAGUCAA